UCGAUAAAUGAAGACAUCGAGAAGCCACCUUACCGUUUUUUAAAUAAAUUAAACCACAUUUAUUCACUUGAAAAUUAAUUACUUAGCCAUUUUACUUUACAAAAAGUAAAUGUUGACACAUUCACCAUUCACCCCCAAAACGAUGUUUUCUGCACGUGAGAAUCGGUGUCAUCGUUUUCAGGCCAACAUCUUCAAUAAAAGUAAAUGUCAAAACUGCUUCAAACCCGUGGAUUCACACAUACUCAGCGAAGCAGAUCUGAUUCAGACUAAGCCUGUCCAGGUGGGCUGGCUGCUCCUGGCCCCAGAGGACGCUGACUUCAGCAGUUGUGUCCCCAGAAAACGGAAAUGGCAGAGGAGAUAUUUUGUGCUUUACGAGCAUGGGCUUCUGAGAUACUCUCUGGAUAAGAUGCCAAGUACAUUGCCCCAAGGAAGUGUAAACAUGUCCCAAUGCUGUGAGGUUCUUGAUGCUUCAUCGCAAACUGGCUUCCAGAACUGCCUGAGGUUGUGCUUCACUGACAGAGACUACUACAUCCGAACAGAGAGCACAGAUGGCUUCAGCAUCAGUAGGUGGCAGGAAAAUCUGAUUGUUUACCCUAAGGCUGCGAAAUCAAAUCAGAAGAAGAAGGGAAGGAUCCAGCCCACCCACCCACAUACAGACAACAGAAAACCAAACCUCCAGCAACAGCAGCAGCGUACCAGCGGUGCCACUAAAGGCAGAAGUGUCACCAAUAGUAUUAAAGGGGCCACCAAAAAUGACAGAAGAGGUAGCGUGGUGAACCCGGUGGAGGAGGUCUUGAUGCUGUCCUCAGGGAAGAAGCUGGAGGAGGAGCCACUCGGUGUCCUCUCCUCUUCAUCGCUCAGUCAGUCCUCGGGCUGCUCUGACACAGACGGUACUAAGAAUCGAUUGGGCACUGAAAGCGGCUAUUCAUCUCUGGAGAAGACAAGUUCAAGUCCAAGAGUUGUGGAUGCAGAGACACACACUGAUACCAGCAGACCUCAGGAAGCUGUUCAACAAGAGGGUUCAUUUCUAGAUGCCAAGGUUUCCCCCUCAACCCCCCCUACAUCCUCUACUGAACAAAAAGACCAUAAGACAACUGUUACUUCUCAGGCUUCCUUCACUAAUGAUAUUCCUGAUCACUCACAACAUUUGAUAUCAUGUAGUCUCCGCUCAAAAUCGCUGGAGCGCAGACCGCUUGACUCCACGGCCACACCUGACCUCCUUAAUUUCAAAAAGGGAUGGAUGUCUAGACUGGGAGAGGAUGGAAAGUGGCGGAAACACUGGUUUGUUCUUACAGACCAGACUUUGAGAUUCUAUCGUGACUCUGCAGCAGAAGAGGCAGCUGAUGUGGAUGGUGAGAUCAACUUGUCUACUUGCUACGAUGUUACAGAUUUCCCUGUGCAAAGGAACUAUGGCUUUCAGAUUCAUACAAAGGAUGGAGUGUUCACCCUUUGUGCAAUGACUUAUGGGAUACGGCGCAACUGGGUCCAGGCAGUAAUGAAAAACAUUCGUCCCGCCGUUGCCCCAGAUGUCACGUGUUCAAUUCCUCAGAAGGUGCCAAUGACUAGUACACAUGCUCGUACAAGCUCCUGCCAAUGCAAAACAGUUUCACAGGAGUCCGAGCAAAGGACGCAUCCGCAGUGGAACCAUAACGGCGAGCGCUCACUGCCUCCUGCACCUGCAUCAUCCCCUGAAGAGCAGAUCUCACAUUCGGCCCCUGAGGCAAUGAAUGAGUAUCUUCAGAAAAAAAGAGUCUCACAGAGGCAAAGCCUAAACAUCAUGUCAGCUGAUAUACCAUCGAACUUAUCACUUAUUGCAAUGCCCAGUCGCACCUCCCCAGAAUCAAUCAGCCCAGACAGCUUAGAGGUUGAUGCAGGAACCAUAUAUGUGCCCUAUGAUGGUCAUGGUGAACUACUGGAAGCUAAACCCAAACAAGAAAACCAGGUUGAUCGCUCCACAUCUCCAUUGCCAGUCUCCUUCUCUUCAACUUCAGCGCAGACUGAAUGGCAGUGGGAUGUGGAGCUUCAGAGCCUGCGUAGAGAACUGAAGGCUGAGCACGAGAGGAAUCAGACUGAAGAAAAGGAGUUAAGACUCAGUGAGGCCAGACUCCAAGCUGAGCUUAGUGACAGCAAGGAAUGUCUUCAGAGGACAGAGUUAAAGAUUCAAGAUGCAGAAACUCUUCUGAAGGAGCGUGAGGAGGUGCUGGAGAGUCUGCGUGGGCAGUUGGAAGAGGUAACGGGUCGCCUUAAAGCAACCGAAGAGGCACAAGCCUUGAAAGAGGUCAGGCUACAGAGGCACCUGCGCCUCCUUCAAGAGAGCCAGGAACGAGAAGGAGGAGCUUCAGUGACAGCCUCGACCAAUCAGAACAGCGAGCUACAAAACCAGCUGGAAGAGUCAGACAGUGAGGUUUGUCGUCUGCAGGCACGCCUCCAAACUGAAGAGACUCUUUAUUAUGAUAUGGAGCAUGAUUAUGAAAGAGCUUGUGAGGAGCUACAGACCCUGCGGGGUGCUCUGCUGGACUGCGAGAGGGCGCUAGAGAGCAAGUUGUGUGACACAGAAGAGCGACUUCGGGAGCUUACCAUGCAUCUUCAGCAGCAGCAGCAGCAACAGCUCAACACUGGACCGCAUGGACUCAGUGAUUCUUGGUGCUCGCGCAGUUCCUCCAUAAUCCGGAGGGAGCAAAAGGGAUCUGAGCUUUUUUAUGUCUUGCCUUGGCCAGAGAGUUCCUCAUCUGGAACCAAAAUGGAAAACAGUUCGAAGCAGGGGGACAGACUUGCUGACAUUAGUCCGCCAGAGCUUGCACCAUACAGUGAACAAAUGGACGAUGAAAUGGCGACCGAUCUUCUUCUAGAGGGCUCUGAGGUACAGCUUGCUUGCAGAAAGAGUCUGGUGGCAGAGCUACGUGCUCAGGCCCAUUCACUGCAGAAUCUCUCAACACAGCUACAGUCCACUGUUAGAGAAACCGAUCUUCCUGCCGUGUGUCGUAGCAUGGAGACUCUUUUCCAGGAACAGACAGAGCGCUAUGAAGAGAAGCUGCGCGAGGAGCGUGUUGUUGUGGAAAAGGCAGAGCAGGAGCGUGUUUCGGCAGAGACUAAUGCUCAACUGAGGACGGAAGAAGCCAAAAAAUUGCAGUUGGAGUUUGAGGAGAAGCUCCAAGAGCUCCAGAAAAUCCAUGAAGAGGAGAUGAGCCGUCUUCAUGAAUAUUACAUUGAAACCUUGUCAAGGCCAAAUGCUGCAACUCUCUCAGAACUAGAGGAGAAUGAAGAGAAGGUGACUGCUCUGCAAGACCGAAUCAGAGAGCUUGAGACUGAGGUGACUUGUUUGAAGACGGAUCUUAGUAACCAGGAUGUCAAAGCCUUCAAGCUUGACCUGGAAACCAUCAAGGCCACGUAUGAGCAUGGUUUCAGCAUUAUGGAAGAUAGCCACCAGCGAGUGAUUGAGGAGAUGCAGAGGCAGCAUCAGAAAGAGGUGGAGAGACUGACAGAGGAACGAGAAAGAGUACUGCAGGAGGAGACGAAUGCCACCAUUGCAGCUAUUGAGGCUAUGAGGAAAGCUCAUAAAGAGGAAAUGGAUAAGACACAGAAAGCCCUGCAAAAUGGAGCCAAUGUGGACAUCCGCCAGCUUCAUGCACAAUACAAUGAGGAGCUGGAAACUUUGCACAGGGAGCUGGAAGUGUUGUCAGAGCAGUAUUCUCAGAAAUGCCUGGAAAAUACUAAUUUGAAUCGGACUAUAGAAACAGAAAGGGAAUCAUUGAGUACAACGCAGAGAGAGAACCAGGAGCUUCACAUUCACAACCAGGUACAUGCACAAGCACACAGAAAAUUGUGCACAUUCACACAGCCUUUGCUUAUCUUGCAUAUGUAUCACCUAUUUUUCUAA